UCAGCAACGUAGACAAUACACGUUCUUCCAAAGCCAACGAAUUGUCCACGUUUUCAUACAAACUGCGGUCAAGAACUGGUCAUGAGUCUUUGGAUUACGCAGUAGAAGAUGCAUUCAUCUUCUGCCAUUGGUGCAAGGCGCUGUGCGAGGGAGUCUGUCCAGACCAUCCGCCGCUGCUGGUGCUCGACAGGAAGAUCCCGCGCGACGGCAGCCGCGGCGACCGCGCCCGCAAGACGACACCGUGGCCGCUUCGAGUCGCCGAGUCACCGAUUGCGGGCGCCGGAAUGGGCGUGUUCACUCGCGCCCGUCUGCCGCCGGGCCUCGUCUUCGGGCCUUACGAAGGCCACAUCCGGACUGACUCGCAGGAGAGCGGGUACGCGUGGCAGGUGAGGUCACCAUCACACAAGAAAAAGACAGUUGAUAGCGUGGAUGCAUCGGUCAGCAACUGGAUGCGCUACGUGAACUGUUCCAAGACUGAUGCGGAGGCAAAUCUAGAGGGCUUUCAGUUCUUAGGCAACAUAUACUACCUAGUUAUUACAUACAUAGAGUUUAAUUCGGAACUGCUAGUGUGGUAUGGCGAUGACUUUGGCAAAGCGCUGCAGUCGCGCCGGGACGUCGAGGCUGGCGUGCGCAUGACUGACGAUCAAGAGUGCGGUCUCGAUAAAAAGAAGAUUAAAACAGAGGAUGUUGCAGAGGUGCACGGAAAGACCCUGAGUUUAUCGCAGCGUGAAAUGGAACCGUUGUUUACUCCAGUAGUUCUAAAACGAACACCAGAUGGUUCUGCACAGGUCCAGAUUGCUGAAUCAGAGACGCCAGACAGUAGACUUCUUUCUCGGCGCUCGCCAAAGAAGGCUCCUCAACAAUAUAGAAAGUUUGACUGUACAUAUUGUGUUGUUUGCAAAAGGGCGUUCCGUGGAAUAUGUUCGAAGCAUCCAAUGCCUCUCCUGCGUGACGCACCGGUGCCGCGAGACGGCAGCGUGAAAGAGCGAGCCAAGCUAACGGCUCCUUGGCCUUUGGUGGUCCGCCAGUCGCGGCUGAAGGCCGCUGGGGAGGGCGUGGUGACAACCGCCCGGUUGCCGAAGGGCCUGGUCCUUGGUCCCUGCGAAGGAUGGGUUCUUCCGAGGACGAGCGCCACGACUGGCUAUAGCUGGGAGAUCGACGGCCGCCCCGACGUGGAGAUCGACGCCGCGGACACGGCCUUCAGCAACUGGCCGCGCUACCUCAACUGCCCCAGGAGCGACCGCGAGCAGAACCUCAGGCCCAUGCAGAUCAGGGGCGAGAUCUUCUACGUCACGACGGCGGAUAUUGAGCAAAACACUGAGCUGUUGGUAUGGUACGGAAAUGACUACGGCACCUGGCUAACUUUUCCCCAGCUCCUGCCGGUGGACGGAAAUGAUCAUCUGGGGGCAGCUCGAGGAACCAGGCAGAGAGGACACUCAACGAGGAGAGAAACUCGCUCACAAACCUGCGCGAGAGAUCGGGAGCCGCGACACCAAGACAAGACACAAGGAGGCGCCACGGGGACGGCGGAAGGACCCGCGAAAGGUCCUUUAGUUAGGCGACGGCAGACCAGUGCCGAAGAUAAUCGUCGAAAGAUUGCCAGGGUGAGAUGUCCUACGGGAUAUACCAGCAUCGUGGAGCUUGGUCUCGAAAAAACACGGAAUAAGAGGCGUGGCUUCUCCCUCCGUGCCCGAGCCUCCACGGAAGGCAUUCCUUCGUGCUGGAAGUUGCAGCCCGAUGGCGCGCCUGACUUUCCCAUGGCACUCAGUGCAGAAGCAGUUUGUGACAAAUGCCACGGUGAUUCAAGAUUCAAGGCUUUCCCUGGAACGAGAGAAAUGUUUCCGAUUUUCAGUAUCGAUAAUCGGGAGUUCAGUCAGAAGGAACCUGUGAAAGAGGCCUCUCCUGCGAACACAUGCAGCGUCCGAGAAGUUUUUCCCUGUCGCAGGGAGGACACAAGCAUUGAAGGCUCGCCCGCUGGCGCUUCACACCAGAGCCUCAUUGGCUACAGCAAUCUACAAGAACAAAAGCUGAAAGUGGAGUGGACUGAGGACUUGUGUACUAACAGCAGUGCUAAGUUAAGGCUCCCAUCGGAGAGUAAUAGCGCAAGGGAGGUGCCAGACAUGCAACGCAUAAUUCUGGAGGAGAAAGUUAGGGAACCCUGUACGAGCUCAGGCUCCAGGGGGAUGCCUUUACACUAACUUAAAGGAGUAUUUUCAGUCUCAAUUUAAGACAUUACUUUUGCCAGGGAAUUGCGCCAGAACGCAUCAAUAUAUUUCAGGCCAUCAUUACAAGGUAAAACGUUUAUCGGAUUAUGUUCCCGAUAUUACUCAGGCAUGUGGUCCCAUAUCAGAUGAACUGAAUAUAUACGAAUGUUCUUAUUGCUACAGCCUUUUCGCUCUCAGAUGCAAUCUCAGUUUUCAUUUUCAUAAGUGUCUCGAAGCAUAUCGUAGUAUUCGAUUCUGAUUUUUUUUUUUUUUUACAUAGGUCAGCCGCGUUUUCAUUUUGAUUUUUCCCUGAAAAGGACUCGGUUUCAACAACAUUUUUCUCAUGGAUUAUACUUAGUGACUCAGUUUUGAGAUAUUAAGGAAAUGCUUAUUUCAUUAUAUGUAUGUAUAUGUAUAUAUAUAUAUAUAUAUUUAUUUAUUUAUGUAUACACACAUAUACAUACACACCCACA